AUGGUUCCUCGAGAUAGGGCUCGUGGAUGUUGCAGUUCCAGUGGUUUUAGCGUGUUGGUUUUUGUUUGCAGAGAUGAUAGUCUCUUCGUGUACGAUUGCAUCAAUGCGGAGAAGACGACCUUAGGAAAUAAAGGGCAGGAUGGAAAACCGACAGAUAAAGGAAGUGAUGACAUUUUAGCUUUUGCCUUCUCACCAUCAGGAGAUUAUUUUGCCUUGACAGAUGACAGCAAACGUCUGGUUCUGUUCCAUACAAAGCCUUCUUGGGAAUGUGUUAGCAUCAGGUCUGUGAACAGGCGAGGCACUUCCCUGAUUAUUACAGCUGCAGAGGAUAAGAUUCUGGUUGCAGACAAGUCUGGCGAUGUCUAUUCUUACUCAAUAACAGAACCCCAAGCAGAAGGAAAACUUGAGCUGGGUCACUUGUCUUUGCUAUUGGAUGUGGCACUGAGUCCUGAUGACCAGUAUAUCCUAACUGCAGACAGAGAUGAGAAGAUCAGAGUCAGCUUGGCAAAGGCUCCUCAUUAUAUUGUAUCCUACUGUCUGGGACACAAAGAGUUUGUAAGCAAAAUACUUGUAAUACCCAACUAUCCUGAUCUGCUGUUGUCAGCUUCUGGGGACUCGACUCUGAGACUUUGGGAGUACAAAAGUGGAGAAGAAGUGUACUGCUGUCAUCUAAGUAGCAUCUGUGGGCCUGAGACAACCAAAACGGACCAGAAAUACCCUGUGUCAAGAAUAACCUACUGCUGUCAAGGUGGUUAUGUUGCCAUUCUUUGUGACUGUAUUCCCACAGUCUACAUCUUUCAGCUUGAUGCCACUGCCCAGCAGCUAGUUUACAGACAGAAAAUCUCUUUGACACAUAAAAUCUGGGACAUUGCAUUUGAGGAAACAGGAGAUCUAUGGAUUUUGGAGGAAAACAGUGAAGCUCCUCUUCAAUUGUACAGACCAUGUGAUGGACAGUGGAAGCCUGUAAUUGAUGACAAAGGAUUACAGAAAAUGUCAAAAUAUCUUCAAGACAACUGGACAGUGUUUGAAGGCUUUGUUGGCGCAGAGAGCCACUACAGCUGUCUCUACAAGGCUUCAUUUGAUAACAUGGCUGCCUACCUACAGAGGAAAGAGGAAAGGUUAAAGCAGCAGAAAAAGAAAAGGCAGGAUCUGCAACAUGGUUCGAAUGGACAAACAAAAAAGAUGAAGACUGAAGAAUCAUCGCUAUGACACUGUUGUUAGUUUGUAACUUUUGCCUUGCUGAAAGGAACUGAUCUGACUGUGGACUGGUUUUAAAUGCAAAAUGAAUUGUAGUAGACGACUGAUACGAACUUUUGUUCAGUUUCAGGUUUUCAGGUAGCCUGAUACGAAAAUAUCCUCCUUGUAUCAGAUAAUACAAUUACAAUAUCCCUAAGCUUCUAGCAGUAUGCAGGUCUUAGCGGUUCAGUCCUAGGAAUCUCUAAUGCAUGAUACAUGAAUAUUGGAGAAGAUAUUUUCCUUGAAACAGGAUUUUCUUUUUGCCUACUGUGUUCAGGCUUUCAUCUUCAGGUGGAAGUGCACAGAUUAAAGUUGAUGUGAUUUGUUUGUUUCUUUUGGUUUGUUGAUUGGGGUUUUUUUUAAACUUUUUUUUAAAAGGUUGUUAGUUAAUAUAACUAACUUAGUGUACCUGGGUAUAGGAAAGGGAAUGUAGUAGAAUUCUUGCUGUAUAUGAAAGGUUUUAGCUGAGACUUCACCAUCUCUGUUUUUACCCUUUGCCUUCAGUUUAUAUGGUAGGGAUUCUGCCUAGCUUCUAAUCCAUUGUUUCUUACUUGUGGCAUAUUUCUAUAGGAUUAAAUGCAAAAAUAGAUUUUAUACACUGGAAAGUAAAAGUAAUAUGUGUCAGUCAACUUUGUGUAAUUGGAAUAUCCUUCUAUUGAAAUAUGAUCCCUAGUGUGUCUGAAAAUUAUUUGAGAGCCUUAUGUGCAAAACUUGGGAUGCAUUCUACUUCCUUUAACAAGAACUCUUUCAUGUUGCAAUUAGACAAGAAAUACAUCUUUUUAAGAGUUAUAAGUGAGAGCCUUAUGGGAUCACUUGUUGCUUUGUCACAGGGCAGAAGAUACAUGUUCAUCUACCAGAUGGCAUCAUGUCUAUUUGGAAUAUAAUGUAAUUCAUAAAACCAGGUGUAGAAAUCUGUACAAUCCAUUAAAAGUAUUCAGAAUUAGCCCAUGAACCAUGAGUAGUUCUCUAGGUCUCUUUAUAUAGCUGUCCUCUUUAGAGUAUCUGGACACUUAAAAUUUUUGCACUCAAAUUUUAGUUGCACUGAUGUAUAAGACAUUGUUGAGAUGUAGCUUGUUUUGAGAACAGCAGGUAUUCAGCAGUGAAGCAGAACUUGCUGCUUAUGUCUGCUCAUAAUUGCAGUCUUGUCCUUAUCGUGUGUCCCAGAGGCCAUGAGUCUUUCUUGUGCUGUAGGAUAUCAUACAGAUUUUCAUAUUCCUUCUCUUUGGAAGUGCCUCCUUAAGCAUAGAGCAUUGCCUGCAUUAGUACAGAGCCAGUCCUUUGCCUCCAGGGUCUUGAUUUCUUUUGGUGAUUACUUCUAAGUAAAGAACUUCCUGCCUUGGCAGCGGUCUCUUUGGACAACAAUUGUGAAGUGUCAAGGGUGGUAUUGUCUGUUCUGUUUAAAAGUCUUAAUUCUGGCAGGAGCUGUGUUGGUGCAAAUAAAAUGUGAAU